AAUAGGGAUUUUGUUUUCAUUUUAAGCCAAAACUUAGCAGCUAAGGAAAAUCAAAACAACGCGGAGUCUAAUUGAAUUUCACAAACCCCCAAAAUGGCUAACCUCAUGAUCAUGGCGGUUCUCCUGGUUGCGGUGUCGACGGCGGCAACCGUUACGGACGCGCAAGCAACUUGCGCGGCAAAGCUAGUGUCUUGUUCUCGUUACAUCCUAAACACCACCAUCAAACCUCAAGACGACUGUUGUAACCCGAUCAAGGAAGAGGUAGCCAACGAUCUUUCCUGCCUUUGUAACCUCUACAAAGACCCUAAAGUUUUUGCUUCUUUGAACAUCUCCACCGCGCAAGCUCUCAAUGUCACUCGUGAAUGCGGCGUCACUACUGAUCUAACCGCUUGCAACAGCAACAGCACUUCUACAAGCUCUGCUACAUCCCCACCAGGAGGACGAUCUGCAGAUCAAAAUGGAGGUGCUGACAGGAUAUCAUUGACUGGAGUUACCAUCGUAUUCUUUUUUUCCAUCUCUAUGGCACUGUGAUGAAGUGUUAUAUAUCAAUUAGACAGAGAAAAUAGAGUACUAGUUUUGUCAUUAUAUCUUUAGAGAUUACGAAUUCAAAAUUAUAUUUUUAAGAGAUUAAAAUUUGAAAUAAAUUUAAAUCUGAUUUUAAGUCAGUUGCGUAAA